AAUUAAAGGAGUGGUCAAGUUGUGUCUAUAUUCACCACCACACACACAUAUACACACAUAUACACAGUAGAGCUGCUAGAGCAAUAACUAGCUAGAGAUGGCGACAAGGCUGGGUCACUUAUUCUUGCUACAAUGGCUGGUUCAGUCAGUGCAUGGUAUGGGCCAAGAUCCCAGUAGGACCCGUCCCUACGGGCUACCACUCCUGUAUCACUAUGGCAACUGCAGCGAGGAGAGGCACACACUCCAGCUACACCUCACUCACACACUCCCUGACUAUCCACCAAUAUUCGCUGAGGUACGAAUAACAAACAAUAAUAGCUCAACUGGAAGAGACCUUGGUGAUCAGUUAGAGACAAUGACAGAGAUACCAGUGAUCUACGCUCAGUGUGUGCACUGCAGAGACAAUAGUUUGAGCAGCUCGAUGUGCACUCCGCCUAAGGAAGACAUGCUAACGGGACUGACUGUGUUAAUAAGACCCGGUGAUCAGACUACACUAGCACAUGUAGUCAUCAGGAGAUUAACCUUUGUUACAGUGAUACCGUUAAUGCCGUUAACACAGUCCUCUCUCUAUACCUACUACACACUAUACGGUAGGAGUGGACUUGGACAUGGCUACAGUGUGCCUACCAUUGGAGUCAUGCAAACUUUUAGUAAUGAAGCAGUUGAUCUGAACAUUACAGAUUUGAACACUAUACCUCAGGGGGAAACACACGUCUACAAGAACAAGGAGCUGGUCAAAGGUAAUCAGUGGACUCGGCUAAAUGUUAGGGACACGGUAUGGAUACAGAGUGAAGGGCCGUCACUGAUCAAGAUAACGUCCACUGGACCUCUGUCAGUAUUCACUGGGUGGGCUAAAUCUAAUCAAUCAUACUUCAGCUCCCUCACCACGUAUGGCCAACAAAUGCCUGACACUAGCCAGUGGGGAACUGUGUUCAUUGCUGACCUCACUGCUAUUAUCAUACUACAAGACAUGGAAGUGUCCUACAGUAUACUGACAUCCAACGCAAGUACCGUGAGCAUAACAACCUUCCCUAACAGAAGCACUACAAUCUUUCAAAUGCAAAAGGAUAGCCAACUUGUAAAGGUUGUGAACAGUGCAUCACUGACACACCUGGUCAUUAAAGGAACACAAAAACUGCUCAUAUUAUACGAAAUACAUAGAAAAAUAGCCAACAAAAAUGUCCCAAUCUUCUCCACAUUUCUUCAACCCAUUGAGUGGUAUACAUACAAACAGACUGCAAUACUGACAACAGAACUACAAGCUAACAGCACAAGUCAACCAUACUUGAUAACCAUAAUAGCCCCUACAGAUGCCACUGUACAUGUGCAAACCAAGACCACCCCACCAGUGAGCAUUGCAAGCUACAGUAACCUCACUGUACUGGCAUCUACACACAUCAUGGACUACACUCUACACAGGGUCCAGCUGUACACUAGCGGAGUACUGUCUGAGGAGAUGCUGGUGUUCAGUACUAGUGAUGAGAGGGGCUGUCCCGCGAGACUAGGAGUCACACUCUACGCUCCACACCUGUCCUACGCUCACACCAACCCACCCCCUCUUAAUGAUAGCAGGACACAGAGUGUGAGUGAUGACUGCCGGAGGGUGGCUGACCACACCUCCACUAUCGUGGCCGCUAGUAGCAGUGCCGUUACAUUACUACUAGUACUCAUACUCAUAGCUGUUACCAUGGUGAUAGUGCUACUAAUGAAGCCAAGGAUCCUAUUUCAAAAACCUGACGCUCCAUUUAAAGAUUUCGACUACGAUAUAUUCCUGUCUUUUGCUGAUGCGGAUAAAGAUUUUGUUAAAACACUUCUAUAUCUCCCACUACGUAACCGUGGCUACAGAGUAUUGUGGCACUUAUCGGACUUUAUUGCAGGCUUGUCUAUAACUGAGAACAUGCUCACGGCCAUCACAACCAGUCGCUGGGUGAUCUUCGUGUGCAGUGAACAGUUUGACAAAAGUCACUUUUGUCAACAAGAGUUACGAUUGGGUCUUGAUAAUCACUAUAGUGGCUACAAGGGACGCUAUAGACGUGUGAUACCACUAGUAUUGGGAGAGGCCAACUGCCCUCAGAAACUAAAGCAACUCUACCCCAUACACGUUGCCCAUAGCGAUCACACACCCACCAACAGGGACAUUAACAAGCUCAUAAGAAGGCUGUGUUUAGGGAAAAAUUUAAAAGCUCUCAAAGAGAACAAGACACAAAGAGCAGACCGAGUGGUUACAGAGGAAAUGGAGUCGCUAUUGGAUACGCCAUACAACACAGACGUGUAACUAUGGAAACGACGUACAACACAAAU